AUGGCAAGCGUGGACCUUCCAGGUUCUUUGCAAACACGCACCAUCUCCGGCACUAUGGAAGACCCCACCGCGGCCAGCAAAUUCCGGCUUCGGCCACCUCUGCCACCACCAAUUCCACCCUCGGACUCCACAAUCGCGACGCAACCACGCACCAUCGCCUUUCGGCACCCCGGGUACCCAGACUUUGGGCCGAACCUCCUCUCUUUAAUCGCCGUCGAUGGCGGACAAGGAAUAGAAGCUGGCAUCGACUACGAUACAGCCCUGGUCGCGUGUGGCAUUGUCGCUUGCAACAAUUGGUCCCAGAGCUGGUUUGGCAUCAAGGACCGUUCGGGUGGUGACACUGUCUUUCGUGCCGUUCCACGACCCGAGGAUGGCAUCCUGAGGGAGUCCACCUACUACUUCUUCGUCAACCAAAACCAGGACGAACAAUAUCCUGUAUUCCCCAGCUUCGACCACUGGCGCUUCCCCCACCGAAACCUCCCCGAGUUAUGGCAGGCCUUGGACAUCCCUCCUUUUGUGCCGUCGUCCCAAAGCCCCAACCGUGACGGCAAGUUGGCCGUCGCCGUCCGCGACCAGUCAUGUUGCCUCACAGCCUGGACCAACGCCACUGAAGCCUCUCACCUCAUUCCCUUUGCCAGUUCCACCUGGUUUCUUGUCAACAACAUGUCCCAGUACUGCCGCUUGCCCAUGCGAAGGGACCCCGUCGACGAUGACCGUAAUCUCAUCCUGCUACGUCGAGACCUGCACUUGCUUUUCGACCAGCGCCAUUUCACCAUCCUGCCCAAGAGGAACCCGGGUGAUCCCCUCGGUACACCCUCCCUGGUCUUUCACACAUGGCAACCCCGUGGCGAUCGUGAGCUCCACCACCUGUUCCACAACCGGACUCUUCAGCAGCCCACCACCGGCCUCUCGGUCGAGUUCCUCCUGGCCCGCUUUGCAUGGUCCAUCUUUCGCGAGCAGACAUACCCCUUCCUCACCGGCAUCUUUGAGUACACCGUGCAACUGUUCAACCCGGCCACGAGGAGAGUCAGGAUAGAAAUACGUAACAGCCUCGGUCUGUUUUCCCUCCUUCGAAUCUUGCCGUCGCGCACCUUCAACCGCCCCGUCAGCCCCGCCGAACAGAAAGUAGCUCCUGUCGAUGCUGACAGCGAUGCGGGGGAGGAGGAUGACUUUGAGAGCGACGAGGAGGAGGACGACCCACCACGCGGCCGUUCGAGGGAGCGAAAGCCCAUGUGUAUGGCCCGUCCCAACAUCAUAGGUUUCUGA